UGCCAAAAGCGCGUGUAUCUACGCCUAUCCUCGCGACGCUGCGACUCACAAUUGCUUCCUAGGGUUUCGUUGUUGCAAUCCGAGCCAAUGUUCAUGAACCACGGAUCCUAACCCCUUUCUGUCUAUCUCACCGAUCUUCGAUUCCUUGUUUCGAAUCCCCAAUAUUGGCACUAUCCGUGAAAAAACGCAGAAAACCCCUAAAUUUCCCGUUCAGAGAAAUUGUCAACGAGGGAAUGGCGUCUGGUGCUAUAGCCGGUGAUGGAGUAUCGAAGGCGAAGCAUAAAUGGAGCGACAGUGGCAACAAAAGCCAAAAACGAUCGAAGCCCACGAUGGCGGCGAGACAGGAGAAGCCGAUUCCGCUCGUGUCUCCUUCGAACUCGAUUGGGUCUGAGGAAAAUCAUCAGAUGAUGAAGAUAAGUCUGAGCUCAAUUUCGAAGCUUGAAGUCAGGAACUUGAAGCGGAAACUAAUGGCUGAGCUUGACGAAGUUAGGAGCUUGAUCAAGCGGUUCGAACCACGAGGUCACAACAUCGCCGGAGAUUUUGGGCUUGGGCUUGCGGUGACGCCAGUGCCCAACAAGAAGCUCAAAACAGCAAACGGUGGUAAGAAGAGCGGACACGGAGCUGCUGAUAAAGGUACUGUUCAGGUUUUGAAGAACUGCAACAAUUUGCUUACGAAAUUGAUGAAGCAUAAGUUUGGAUGGGUUUUCAAUACGCCGGUGGAUGCAACUAGGCUUGGUUUACAUGAUUAUCACACUAUUGUUAAGAAGCCUAUGGAUUUGGGUACAGUGAAGACUAGGCUGAGUCAGAGUUGGUAUAAGUCACCCUUGGAUUUUGCUGACGACGUGAGACUUACUUUUAACAAUGCAAUGUUGUAUAAUCCUGUGGGGCAUGAUGUGCAUCGUAUGGCUGAGUUUCUGUUGAACUUGUUUGAAGAGAAAUGGCCUCCACUUGAAACACAGUAUGAGCUUCUCAAUAGAAGGCAACAGCCAGCCGCCAGAGAUAUCGAUUUCCGUCCUCCUGUAUCAACAAACACUCAUUAUGUAGAGCCAUUACCAUUACGAGCUCCUACACCUUCCCCGUCUCCUCCUCCUCCUCCUCCUCCUCCUACAGUAGUUGAAAAUAGAACUUUGGAGAGAGCAGAAUCUAUGACAAACCCAGUGGAACCUGCACUUCUAACUGUUUCCCCUGAGAAGCCUGACGACAAAGAGGCAUCUGGAAAUAGGGACUUAACGUUUGACGAGAAGCGGAGACUUAGUGAAGACCUUCAGGAUUUACCUUUCGACAAGCUAGAGGCAGUUGUUCAGAUUAUAAAGAAGAGGAAUCCGGAACUCGCUCAACAAGACGAUGAGAUUGAGUUAGAUAUUGAUAGUCUUGAUCUCGAAACGCUUUGGGAGCUUUACAGAUUCGUGACCGAGUAUAAAGAUAGCUCGAACAAGAGAAAAGAGGAUCAGGGAAUGGACUCAGAAAGAGAUGCGGAAUCGGUUCACAAUAGUGUCCAUGAACCGAACACUCUAGUAACUGGCCCUGGAUCGCCAAAAGCUACAGAAUUAGGUCAUGUGGCAUCUCCUGUUCGACAAGAAGUAAAUGCUGGUGGAUCAAGUAGUUCUAACAGUUCUAGUAGUGGUUCAGGCUCGUGUUCUAGUGAUUCUGACAGUGACAGCUCAGGGCAUGGAUCUGAUAUUGGUAAUUAACCAAGAUUGUGAAACUAUUUAGCAUAGGUGGAACCAUCGUGUUGUCGAUUUCAAAAUUAGUGCAUCUCUUUCAAUAGCAAAGCUAGGUUGCCUUUUUUUUUCCAGCUGCUCCCCCAUCAGAUUGUUUCUGUAUUAGAGUUCUUGUUAACUGUACAGAAAAGUGAACAUGUUAAGUGUUUUGGUUCGGGCUUGUCAUCAAUCGAACAGGCUUGUUUCUUCUUAA